UGAAGACUGGCGGGUGGACAUUGGGGAGGGAGCACGCGUCUAAUGGGCCUGCGGUGCACAGAGAGGCUGGACAGGUCGCUCUCAGGGCGCCAGAUCGCAGCUCCACCAGUUGGGAGCGGGUUUGGAAAAGAGGAGGUCCGGAGCGAGAGUGGGGUAGUGGCAAAGUGUCCUCGAUGGAGAAGGGCAUGGGCUGCUGGAAGUGCGAUGGGACGGCUGGAGCGAUGGCUGACACCCUGGCUGCCUUGGCUAUAUCCAGAGGUCCAAAGGGUAGGUUGAACUGCUGUGGAGAGCACACCUGACCUGGUCCUGCCUGCCUGCAGCCCGGAGGCAGAGCGUGCAAGGCCCAGGCAGGCCCGUCCCCCACCCCCCCUGGAGGGAGCCAUGCAGCUGUUGAGCCGGGAAGGCCAUAGUGUGGCCCACAACUCCAAGCGGCACUAUCACGACGCCUUCGUAGCCAUGAGCCGCAUGAGGCAGCGCGGACUCCUGUGUGACAUCGUCCUGCAUGUGGCCACCAAGGAGAUCCGUGCACACAAGGUGGUGUUGGCCUCCUGCAGCCCCUAUUUCCACGCCAUGUUCACAAAUGAGAUGAGUGAGAGUCGCCAAACACACGUGACGCUACAUGACAUCGACCCUCAGGCCUUGGAUCAACUGGUGCAGUUUGCAUACACAGCUGAGAUUGUGGUGGGCGAGGGCAAUGUGCAGACACUGCUCCCUGCUGCCAGCCUCCUGCAGCUGAAUGGCGUCAGAGAUGCCUGCUGCAAGUUCCUGCUGAGUCAGCUGGACCCCUCCAACUGCCUGGGAAUCCGGGGCUUUGCCGACACACACUCGUGCAGUGACCUACUCAAGGCAGCACACAGGUACGUGCUGCAGCACUUCGUGGACGUGGCCAAGACCGAGGAAUUCAUGCUCUUGCCACUGAAGCAGGUGCUGGAAUUGGUCUCUAGCGACAGCCUAAAUGUGCCUUCAGAGGAAGACGUCUACCGUGCAGUCCUGAGCUGGGUUAAACACGAUGUGGACACUCGGAGGCAACAUGUCCCCCGGCUGAUGAAGUGUGUGCGGCUGCCCCUUCUGGGCCGUGACUUUCUGCUGGGCCAUGUGGAUGCUGAGAGCCUUGUGCGGCAUCAUCCUGACUGCAAAGACCUGCUUAUUGAGGCCCUCAAGUUCCAUCUGCUGCCCGAGCAGAGGGGCGUCCUAGGCACUAGCCGCACUCGGCCCCGGCGCUGCGAGGGUGCUGGCCCUGUGCUCUUUGCUGUGGGCGGUGGGAGCCUAUUUGCCAUCCACGGGGACUGUGAAGCAUAUGACACCCGGACCGACCGCUGGCAUGUGGUGGCUUCCAUGUCCACACGUCGAGCCAGGGUGGGAGUGGCUGCUGUCGGAAACAGGCUGUAUGCUGUGGGAGGCUACGAUGGGACUUCAGAUCUGGCUACUGUGGAGUCAUAUGACCCUGUGACCAAUACGUGGCAGCCUGAAGUGUCCAUGGGCACUAGGCGAAGCUGUCUGGGUGUAGCUGCCCUGCACGGGCUUUUGUAUGCGGCUGGCGGCUACGACGGGGCUUCCUGCCUCAACAGGGGCUGGCCUCAGGGUGGCAUUUGCCCAGGAUCAUGCAGGCACCCCCGUGACCUGUGCCAACCCGGCAAGCCUUGCUGUCUGCUGUGCGCUGAACGCUACGACCCCCUGACGGGAACAUGGACAUCCAUUGCUGCCAUGAGCACCAGGAGGCGAUAUGUGCGUGUGGCCACACUCGAUGGGAACCUGUAUGCCGUGGGUGGCUAUGACAGCUCCUCACACCUGGCCACUGUGGAGAAGUAUGAGCCCCAGGUGAACUCAUGGACCCCCGUGGCCUCCAUGCUGAGCAGGCGAAGCUCUGCUGGCGUGGCAGUACUAGAAGGCGCCUUGUAUGUGGCAGGGGGAAAUGAUGGAACCAGCUGUCUCAACUCAGUGGAGAGAUACAGUCCCAAGGCUGGCGCCUGGGAGAGUGUGGCACCCAUGAACAUCCGCAGGAGCACACAUGACUUGGUGGCCAUGGACGGAUGGCUGUAUGCUGUGGGGGGGAAUGAUGGCAGCUCCAGCCUCAACUCCAUUGAGAAGUACAACCCAAGGACCAACAAAUGGGUGGCUGCCUCCUGCAUGUUUACACGGCGCAGCAGCGUAGGCGUGGCAGUGCUGGAGCUGCUCAACUUCCCACCACCAUCCUCACCUACACUGUCCGUGUCCUCUACCAGCCUCUGACCUACAGUAUGGACUGCACAGAGUCCCUACAUGCCUUAAGCCCACAGGGUGGCCCCUAAACCUCCUUGUCCCCGGCUGGCUGCAUGUCGGAGUCAGGGUCCACAGCUCCCACCAGGGACAUCUUGCACCGUCUGUCCACGUCUGCGUUCAUUCCUCAGUUGUUGUCUGUAUGUGUGCCAUUUAUUUAUUGAGAUUAUUUAUUGAUGGAGAAGCAGCACUGCAGCUACCAGUUUAAAUGUUUACUCUGCAAGCGUGGCUCUCUGUGUGGGGACCAGGCUGCUCUCCAGAGUUUCUUCCCCACUUCCUGCCAGGGGCAGUAGGAGUGAUGAUGGUGGACACUCCCUGCAGGAGGAUUAGGAGCAGGAAGGGGUGCAGACCCCUAGCCCAUGCUUCUCACAGUGCUCUUAUCUGGCCUAGCCAAGCACUCCCUGGGAAGGGCACUAAGCAGGCUUGUGUCUUGUCUGCAGUUGGUGUCUUCUGGAUCUUGUAUGGGGCUGGGCACACAUAAGCACUCAGACCCUACACAGCAAUAUGAGCCAACUUGAACAAUAAACAUGCUUCUUGGGCUCCACGGGUUGGAGGCUGUAUCCA